CACAACUUUUUCUUAUACAGACUUUCUGUCAGACUAAGCAGUGCUGCAAGUUUGAUUUUCAAGAAGAAAAUAAAAAAACUAAUUCAAGUGAUUUCAGCGAUCCAAUUUACAAAGAGAUUUCUCUGACAAAUGGUUAUAUCAAUAGAAUGAGUAGAGAAGAGCUGAGAGAUAAGCUUGCUGAAUUCAGACUUGACACCAGAGGAGUAAAAGACGUAUUAAAAAAGAGGCUGAAAAACUACUAUAAGAAAGAAAAAUUGAUGCACAAGCAGCCUCCAAGUGCAGAAGAUUACUACAAUUAUAUCUGUGUUAUUGACUUUGAAGCAACUUGUGAAGAAAAAAAUCAGCCGGAAUUUACACAUGAAAUAAUCGAAUUUCCUAUUGUUUUACUAAAUACACAGACAUUACAAAUAGAAGACACUUUCCAGCAAUAUGUGAAACCAGAGAUUAAUCCUCAACUUUCAGAUUUCUGCAUUAAUUUGACCGGAAUCUCUCAGGAACUGGUAGAGAAAGCUGAUGAAUUCCCAAAAGUGCUGCAUCGUGUUGUAGACUGGAUGAAACAAAAAGAACUAGGAAGCAAAUACAGCUAUUGCAUAUUAACAGAUGGGUCCUGGGAUAUGAGUAAAUUUUUAAAUAUCCAGUGUCGUAUUAGUCGUCUGAAGUAUCCUUCUUUUGCUAAGAAGUGGAUUAAUAUCCGCAAAUCCUAUGGAAACUUCUACAAGGUUCCUAGAUGCCAAACAAAGCUGUCAACCAUGUUGGAAAAACUUGGGAUGGACUAUGAUGGACGGCCUCACAGUGGGCUGGAUGAUUCCAAGAACAUUGCACGAAUAGCCAUUCGAAUGCUUCAGGAUGGGUGUGAACUCCGUGUAAAUGAGAGGUUGCAUGGCGGGCAUCUGCUAGCGGUCCCUUCCUCAACUCCAAUAGAGGGCGCUCCAAUCCCACAGAUGCCCAGGUUUCGAUAAAUGUUAGGAAGUGAGUUAUCCUGUCUUCAGGGCCAUAUUUUUGGUAUUCAAAAGCCAUUUCAGAGAGUUGAGUUUUUAAAGGGGGCUCUAUCCCCAGUUUAACCCCUUGCAGAAAUAUACAGAUCACAGAGCACCCACUGAAAGUCUCCCUUAAUUUAACACUCUAAAUUAAUCACGCCAAGUUUCAUUUUAGUUUUCCAAGAAAUUUAUGCGCUUAUUAAAAUGGUUUUCUCUGAAGUAAAGUCAAACCAAAGUAUAACAUUUGAACUGCAGAUAUAACAACACUAAUAAGAUGUUUAACAUAGUUGAAUACCACAGGGAAUGUAUCUUUGCUGAUCUUUUCUUUUACUAUUUAAUGUACCAGGAAGAUCUAUUUGAUUUCAUGUCACAGUGACCGAAUUGUUUCCUGGUAUGUGUUAUUUUGUCUGGGUUUGGUAAAUUCUUCACAAAGGGGAUUUGUUUUUUUAAGUUUGAUCUGCCUUACCCAGUUGAUAGAAAAUUCCAGUAGUAAUACAUUUUUUGAUGUAAGAUUGUUGAGAGGCCUGUUGAGCCAAUAUUAGUUACCUUUUAGCUUCAUUAAAUUCUGAUAGCAAUUUAAGCAUUUCACCACAUUUCUAUUGAAAUAAUGGAGAUGUGUUUAACAAGAAUUAUUGUACUUUUUUCCUUCCAUUACAUAUACAAAAGCGUGGUGUAACUUGCUUUAAUAUCCUUCCCCAGCAUUGUUAAAAAAA